AUGACUGUCACAGUAUAUGAAUCGUCAGACGAGGAAGAAUACUCAUUCAAGACGCGAGUAGAAGCAUCAGACAAUUCCCAGUCUUCAACUCAGCCAUUAGCAAAAGUCCCAAAAGAGAAACUUUCCACUCCGCAGGAGAUAACGCCUCGAUCGCCUAGGGUGGAUACGCCUUUACGAAAAUGUGUCUUGCGUGAUGAGAUGCACGGGAUUGCCAAAGGCGAUCUCUCAUUACUAAUCCGCAUUCUAUUACUUAGUAUCAUCCAAACCAAUGAUAGAGUCGGGCAGCGAUUCCAGGUCGGCACCGCCGAGAAACUCAGGGAGGGCCUUUUGGGAGGGCCUGGGCCUGAGGACCUGACGCCAGGCCCUACACAAAGAUCACGGACAAGAGGACUCCCGACUCCCACGUUAGUGCGAGGAGGGCUUCGUCGAAUGCAAAAAAAGUUACCAUCAGUUGACUGUCACAGCAUCAUAGCCUGUAAUUGCAAAGUCAAACCGAGUAGUAAUGUCGCAAAUGAUGUCCUUCCGUUUGCACCCCUGCCACAUACUAGCAUGUGGCCGGUCUUGACCCCAGCGCUCUGGUUCCUGUCAGGCAGGUUGCAGGAACAUAUCACUGAUCGUCCUUGGACUACCACUGGAAAUCGACCAAGGAUGGGACAAGCAUACGAACGAAUUGACAACAGCGAUGUUGAGACUCCGCGGAUGUAUACGUCAGCGAGGCAAGUUUCAAAUGUGUUACUUACUCUAAUGCGGUAUCCCAUUCCAAGUUUCUCAGUUUCUAUUCAUUAUAUUCCUCACGGCUCGGUUUGUUUUUGUUUCCCUGGAAAGCAAUGUUGCACCAAGCGUGAUUUGGCUCUGGGCCUUGCCAGCCUUCAUAUUUCGCACUUUACUACUGCGAAAGCCGCAAGUUGCUCGGGAAGCGCCAAAUUCAAAACAAACAUUUCACGACUGAAAGACUAUUGCGCCGCAUUGAUUGCAUCUGGGGCUUAG